AUGGAACCUAUAAUUAUUGAUAGUGAUGAUUCAUAUACCGAUAGUUCUAAUAAUUAUGAAUCUAAUGCAAAUUAUGAUUCUACUGAAGAUUAUGAACAUAUCUAUGAAGGAUCUGAAAGAGAAACUCCAGUUAUCGAUUUAUCUGAACAAACUUUAUAUUCACCUUUUGAUGACUAUGAAGUUAUUACUACUCAAACAAUAAAAGUUAAUCAUGAUAAUACAAACUCUGAUUACGAUAAUAAUUCAUCAUUGAUUAAUUUAAUAACUGAAAACUUGAGAGUUGGAGAAAUUAGAUAUUCUGCAUUACCAAUAGAAUAUCCACCUACUUCUGAACAAGGCAUUGCGAUUGUAUUUAAUAUAGAAUCCUGGGAAUCAUAUGAUGCCUUUUUUGAUAAUAUGCAAUAUCAAAGAGGGCGUCCUAGUAGUAGAGGUAAUACAAAAGUAUGGUACACUUUUUUAGAUUGUGAUGUACAUAAGUAUUAUUCUACUUGUCAAGGUAUAAAGCGAUGUGAAUUUGCAUGUGAUAAAAUUCAAAAUACUUCACACUUUGAUGUCAAUAUGGAUACCGAUCUUUAUCAAGAAGAAAAUGCAGCAUUAGAUAAUCAAAAAUCCAAAGAAAUGCAAACAUAUACUAAGUAUCUUGCUAUAGUUGGAUUAACAUGUUCUUUUAAUAAUAAUAACUGUAAAGGAAAUUUUGUUGUACAAAAAUGUAAGAAGCAUGAUAAUCAAGCUUCUGAAAGUUGGUUUGUUGGAUGUAGUCGAUGGUGGGAUAAAAAUGGUAGUGGAAGUCAUUUUUUUCAUAAAUUAAAAAAUAAUAUUGAUAUUGAUUUACUAAAACGAUUAUUUAAUGCUACUUCACAUGAACGUGUUGAUAAAAUAUUCGAAGAACUAAAAGCUUCAAAUGAAUCUAAUAUUAAUGAAUGGAUUUCUUUUUAUAACACUUUAUGGGUAAAAGCUUCCUUGAAUCCAUUAUUUUCAUUUAUGGAUUCAGAAAUAUGGUUUAAAGCUCCUGAUAAUACGAAUGUUGCAGAUGCAAGCCAUGCUAAUAUAAAUCAUGAUGGCAAAGCUCUUUCUUUAGAAAACGCAAUUCUUAAAGUGAAAAAUUAUGAUGAACGACACUUUAUUACAUGUAACAUUCAAAAUAUAUAUGGAGUUAGCAAAUCGGGAAGAAAUCAUAGUGUAUUGACACUUCGCAAAUCUCAAAAAACAAAACGUCAUAUUAAUAAACCAACAAAGGCACCAAAGAAAUUAAAAGUCGAUGUUGAUUCAACAAAUAAUCUUGAAAUUCAAGAGAAGCAAUUAAUUUUAAAAGAAAGAGAAUUAGAGUUAGAAGAACGUAAAGUUCGUUUAGAGCGUGAAAAGCUUGAGAUAAUUAAGUUAAAAAAAGAAUUAGGAACUGAAUAA